AUGGACGAGGGGCUCACCUUGCCUGCCUUCAAGUCUCAGAUCCGCAGCUUCGAGCAGCUGCUGGCAGACAGCGCUGCUGAAGCCAUCUUCAAGCGCAUGGACACCAACAGCAAUGGUCGCAUCGAACCGGAUGAGUGUGUCCUGUCCCUGGACACCUUCCGCGAGAAGCUCGCGAAGGUGAAGUCCUUGCGGAACACGUUUGUGGAUGCCGACAGCAACAGCGACCACAAGCUUUCCAGAAAGGAGUGA